AAGUAUAUGUGGAGUUGCGUGAACAUUAUUUCUCUCUUGCUGAACCACAAAGGCAUAGAAUCCAACUGCUGGUUGUGGACACACUGGCUUCUUUUUCUUGUGGACAUUAUGGCUAAUAACACCACGAGUUUAGGGAGUCCUUGGCCAGAAAACUUUUGGGAGGACCUUAUAAUGUCCUUCACUGUAUCCAUGGUGAUUGGGCUCGCAAUUGGAGGAUUUCUCUGGGCGCUGUUCGUUUUCCUGUCUCGAAGAAGAAGAGCCAGUGCACCCAUCUCACAGUGGAGUCCUACCAGGAGACCCAGGUCUUCCUACAACCACGGCCUCAACAGGACUGGGUUCUACCGCCACAGUGGCUAUGAACGGCGAAGCAACCUGAGCCUGGCCAGCCUCACUUUCCAGAGACAAGCUUCUAUGGAGCUGGCAAAUUCCUUCCCCAGGAAAUCAAGCUUCAGGGCUUCGACGUUCCAUCCCUUCCUGCAAUGCCCACCACUGCCGGUGGAAACCGAGAGUCAGCUGAUGACCCUGACUGCCUCCACCACCCCAUCCACCAUCAGCACCUCACACACUCCCAGCCGGCCAGACUUCCGCUGGUCUAGCAACAGCUUGCGGAUGGGCCUUUCCACACCGCCCCCACCUGCCUAUGAAUCUAUCAUAAAGGCAUUUCCCGAUUCCUGAGUCCAAGAUUUCAUUGUUUUUAAUUCUUCUUUUUUAAAGUCUCUUUUAGAAAGAAAAUGAUAUAUAGGGUAAACGGAAUUUGGGAGCCAUGGCCCCAGUGAGCAAUUUUCCAAGUUGAUAGGCCCAGUGAGCAAUUUUCCAAGUUGAUAGGCUCAUGAAAGCUGAACAUUACCGAUAAGGCGCGGUUCCUUUUGAACAUGUUUUUCUCGCUUACAUCUCACAAAAAGUAUGAUUUUUCUCAAAAAGUCCUAUAUUUAUGUAUUUUUGGAUUCACUAUGGGGCAUUGAAUUAAAAAUAUCUAUUAAUGAUUCUAAGUAUAAAUCUUGUGUAUGUUUUAGGUUAAAAAGACCUUAGAUGUUUGUAUAGGAUUAUAAUCCCCUAUUCACUUUCCCAUGAGACUGCUGACAGACAGAAGUCACUAAAAUAAGGAAUUUUAAUGUGACUUUUGGGCAACAACUGAAUGCCUGGCACCUUUGAAUCUUAGAGUUUUCAUGGUGCAUAUUUACGUGACGAUAAAACAGCGGAUGUCCUAAAAGCCCAGGAUUCUAUACUCAGUUAUGAAUGAGAAUCAAGCAAAGAUGCCAAGCCGUGCUGAUGUCAGAGGGAUGGUUCCAUUUUGAUAGUUACUUUAUUUUUUGCCCACAUAGAUUUAUCUUGUAGUUCUUCACAAUACAAUCACCCAGAUCAUUGAUGUAAAACCCUUGGACUUAGGGGCAUGAGGAUUUAACAUGCCUGCCAGGAUAACGUCAUUACCAUAGCAAUGCAGGUUCUAUUUAUUUGUUCUAAGCACAGGUUUUUACUUAGCAUCAAGGAACAUUUUUAUUUUUACUCUCUUGGAUUUAGAGCCGACAACUAGGAAAGCACUUAUGUAGGGCAGUGGUUCUCAACCUGUGGGUCAUGACCCCCUUUUGGGAUCAAACUUUGCUUUCACAGGGAUCACCAAGGAUCAUUGGAAAUCACAGAUAAUUACCAUUACAAUUCAAAACAGUAGCAAAAUUACAGCUAUGAACUUAACAACGAAACUAAUUUAAUAGUUAGAAGUCACCACAACAUGAGCGACUGCAUUAAAAGCAUCAGGAAGGUUGAAAGCCACUGCUCUGGGGAAAGCUUCCCUGAUAUCUCUGUGGUCAACUAAGAGUGGUUCUACAGAGAUAAUCCACAGUGAAAAUAUGCUAUGUCUUUGGACAGCAAUUCCUCCUGGGUCAUCUCAGGCCCCAGGCACCAUCCCAUGGGUGAUGUUCUGUGAAUUCCAUCUCUAACACUUUUAAAGGGCUAAAGUAGGGGCUGGAGAGAUGGCUCAGAGGUUAAGAGCACCAACUUCUCUUCCAAAGGUCCUGAGUUCAGUUCCCAGCAACCACAUGGUAGCUCACAACCAUCUGUACUGGGAUCUCAUGCCCUCUUCUGGUGUGUCUAAAAGGCUAAAGUAGGCUGAAAGGUCCCUGUUUCAGGUAGUUAUCCAAGGAAUCCACAUCAACAAGUGGGGACAUCUUUAAUGUGGGCACCAGAGACUCUGAGUGGUCCUUUUGCUUCAAGGACGGGAGUUCACUGGGGGAUUAUUUAGAAAGCUUGUAGUUCACAUCAGAUACAUCAAACAGCUUGUGAAGUUAGUUGUUUAUUCUUCUGUACAUUUUUUUUGGUGAUAUCCGAUGGUCCCAGCUAAUGGCUUCUGAACAUAGCCCAAGAAUAUAACUCCUUACUACUCAGCUAUUAAAAACAAUAAAUUUAUGAAAUUCUUA